AUGUUUGUAAAAAUCACCCGAUUGUCGGUCAUCGUCGUAACAAUAGCAGCAGCAGUGUCUGGACACCUGGUCUAUCCAGACCCCCACGGCAGCGAGACGAAGAUGCAGGUGCUGUUUGGCCUCGGGCUGCCCAUGGAGGAGGACAUCGCCAUGACUCUGGGCUACGUGCUCAAGUGCAAUUACAACAUGCCGACCAACGUCACGACUCUGCACCGUCACGAUGAAGUCGAUUCCGCUCAUUACAGAGGCUGGUCGGUCUGGCAAGUCUACGAGAUCCUGGCCAAGGCCUUCGGCAGGGGCUGCUUGCUCAGGUCGAUCUGCGAAGCCGCCGAGUCACCUCUGAUCGGCGAAGAUCGGACACACGAGCGGCAUCGAGACGGUCUUCUCGCCGAGUUGAUUCAUCUGCUGCUCAGCCCCUCAAUCGCGGCGAGCAACAACGACAACAACGGUACAAUUGACAACGACGAAACGGAGAAAGAUCAUCGUCGUGCUUAUCUGGCGGCGGAGGCGCAGGGCCGCGAGCGACGCGACUGCCGCGACUAUCACGAGGACUGCCCGAGGAGUCCGCUGGAUUACUUCACCGAAACAAACGCUUGA